CUCUGAACCAUCACUUGACGUCUAGUCUCUCUGUUGGGGUGCACACGGAUUGACCACUCCUUUGGGCUUUUCUUUUAUCCUUGGAUAUUUGGGGGGGAAAAGCUAAUCCACAAGCAUGACUGACGCGCAACAAGAGGCCCGCUCCUACCUGAGCGAGGACAUGUUGGCUGAGUUCAAGGCCGCCUUUGACAUGUUCGACACCGAUGGUGGCGGUGAUAUCAGCACCAAGGAGUUGGGUACCGUGAUGAGGAUGCUGGGCCAGAACCCGACAAGAGAGGAGCUGGAUGAGAUCAUCGAGGAGGUCGAUGAGGACGGUAGCGGCACCAUCGACUUCGAGGAGUUCUUGGUCAUGAUGGUGAGACUGAUGAAGGAGGACCAGGCCGGAAAGAGCGAGGAAGAGUUGGCAGACUGCUUCCGUGUGUUUGACAAGAACGGCGACGGUUACAUCGACAGAGAAGAGUUUGCCCUUAUCAUCCGCAGCACCGGCGAGGCCAUCUCAGAGGAGGAGAUCGAUGAGCUCCUGAAGGAUGGAGACAAGAACAACGACGGCAUGCUGGACUUUGACGAAUUCCUCAAGAUGAUGGAGAAUGUGCAGUAGAACAAGAAAGACUCAUGGACAUUCCUCCACCCUUCUGUGAACCCCCAUUCUGACCCACUCCCUCCUUCUCCCUCUUGUCCACCUGGUUCACUGCCUUUCUUCUCCAUCCUUAUAAAAGUCCUCAACAGACAGCUAGAGCACCCAGUGGGGGGUCGCUGGCUGGGCAACAUCUUUUCCCUGGCUCGCUUGUAAAUGCAGACAUCCCCUAGAUGCCAUGCUGACACCCAGCCCUGUAACAGGACAGCAAGGCUGCAACAGGGUUUUUUUUUUCACUGCACACAGCUUUUGCAGUACGCAUGGCAUGUCGUGCCAUCAGUGACCCCCUCCUCCUCUCUGCUGGUAAAGCUCUGAUCUAGAUGUAGUCUAGAUAGACGGGCAGCCUGUUACCCGCUGCUUAGACCAAUUAAUUCAACCACUUCACUGUACAAAGAAGUAAUUUGCUUGAAAUAAAUGAACUAACACAUGCUCA